AUGCCCAGAUCCCUCUUAGAGGAGAAGCAGCAGGCCGGCGCAGACGCGCGCGGCGCCGCCGCCGCCACGCCCUCCUCCGCGUCCGCCCCCGCCGCCGCCGCCGCCGCCGCCGAGGACGGCGACGAGGCAGCCGCCGCGCAGCUGCUCGGGGCCGAGCGCGCGACGGCGGGCGAGGAGGCGGAGGAAUGGGAGCUGGCCGGGCGCGGCGCGGCGGCCGCGGCGGCGGCGGCGGAGGCGGACCGCGUGCUGAGUCAGAUGCGGGAGGAGGCGGCGCGGCGGGAUAAGGAGGAGCGGGCGCGGCUGGCAGCGAGGGGCGCGGCGAUGCGGGACCGGCUGGUCGCCUGGCAGGGGUCCCCGGAGGGCCGCCGCUGGGCGCGCGAGCGCGGGCAGCUGCCCAUGGCGGCGAUGCGGGAGCAGUUGGCGGCGGCGCUGGCAACGUCAGACGUUGUCGUUGUCAGCGGCGAGACCGGGUCUGGAAAAACGACCCAGGUGCCCCAGUUCAUCCUGGAAGAGGCCAUCCUGGCGGGCUGCGGCGCUGACGUCAGCGUCGUGGUGACUCAGCCCCGCCGCAUCGCCGCCACAUCGGUCGCUGAGAGGGUGGCCGCGGAGCGGGGGGAGCCCAAGCCCGGGGCGCCCGGUGGCCUCGUGGGUUACCACGUCCGCCUGGACGCCGCCGCCACCCGGGACACGCGCCUGCUGUUCUGCACCACGGGCAUCCUGCUGCGCCGGCUGGCGAGUGACCCGCUGCUGUCAGGAGUGACUCAUGUGAUUGUGGAUGAGGUGCACGAGCGGACGAUGCAGGGUGAUUUCCUGAUGGCUCUCCUGAAGCGCCUGAUGCGCCGCCGCAACGCCGCCCCCUCCCCGGACGCCGCCGACCCGGCCGCCGCCGCCGCGCCGGCCCCGCCGCCGGCCGGCAGUGCGCCGGGCGGCGCGCGGAACGCGGAGGACUGGGAGAAGGCGACCGAGCAGGCCCAGUCGCAGCAUUCACAGCAGCAGCAGCAGCAGCAGCAGCAGCAGCAGCAGCAGCAGCAGCAGCAGCAGCAGCAGGCGGCGGCAGCGGACGGGCGGCCAGAGGAUGGCGGCCGGCGGCCGCCGCGGCUCAAGGUCGUGCUGAUGUCAGCGACGCUGGAUUCAGGGCUGUACAGCGCCUACUUUGGCGGGUGCCCGGUGCUGUCGUGCUCUGGGCGGACGUUCCCUGUUGAGCGGCUCUUCCUGGAGGACGUCUAUGAGGCGACAGGUUACAGGCUGGACCCCGGGGCCAGGGCCGCCCUCCGCGGCGGCGGGCGCGGCGGCGCGGCCGGCGGCAUCAAGGCGGCCGCCAAGGGCGACGCGCGGCGCGCUGGGCUGCUGCGGUCCGGCUGGGGCGACGACGAGGCGGGGGCGGGGCCGGUCAACCCCCACUUUGACCCGGAUCUGUACGAUGGCUACUCGGCCGUGACUCGGCG